AUCAUUCCUAUAAAUCCUACCGUAAGACUUAUUUGCUGAUCAUCAUAUAUUCAUAUUCAAAGGCCAGAAGAUGUACCAUCAACACCACCAAACUGCCAAUAUGCACCCUUCGACAAGAAUGUCUUUCCCUGAAAGGCAUCUGUUCCUGCAAGGUGGGAAUGUCAAUGGAGACUCAGGGCUUGUUCUUUCUACCGAUGCUAAGCCAAGAUUGAAAUGGACAGCAGACCUCCAUGAGAGGUUUAUAGAAGCAGUUAACCAACUAGGUGGAGCAGACAAAGCCACUCCGAAAUCAGUUCUGAAACUUAUGGGGAUCCAGGGACUAACCUUGUACCACUUAAAGAGCCAUCUUCAGAAAUACAGACUAAGCAAGAACCUCCAUGGACAAGCAAAUAUUAGUGGGGUCAAUAAAGCUGCAGCAGGUAUAGAGAAGAUAUGUGAGAGCACUGGAACCCCUAUGAGCCAUCCAAGUAUUGGACCCCAACCAAACAACAACAUACCAAUAAACGAAGCAAUACAAAUGCAAAUCGAAGUACAAAGAAGGCUACAUGAACAGCUUGAGGUGCAACGACAUUUGCAGCUAAGGAUAGAGGCUCAAGGGAAAUAUUUGCAAGCUGUGCUUGAGAAAGCACAAGAAACCCUUGGAACACAAAACUUGGGAACAAUCGGAUUAGAGGCAGCCAAGGAUCAACUGUCUGAUUUGGUAUCCAAAGUAUCCAACCAAUGCCUGAAUUCUGCAUUUUCAGAGAUAAAAGAACUUUCAGGAUUUCACAACCCACAAACACAAGCAAUCCCGCCAGCAGAUUGCUCAAUGGAUAGCUGCUUAACGUCCUCUGAGCGACCCCUGAGGGACCUGCGGGAAAUGCAUAAUAACCAGAUUGGUUUGAGGCCUUUAAACUUCGGACCAUGUACGAAGGAUAUUGAAAAUGAGACCAGGUUACAGCAGACUGAACUAAGAUGGCGUGACGACCUCAAGGAGAACAGAAAACUGUUUCCCAAAAUGGAUGGGGAUUCAGAAAAAGAAUUUACCAAAGAGACAAAUUGGAGCAACUUAUCAAUGGACAUUGGACUUCAAGGAGAAAGACGGAAUGUUAGCAGUAGCUACUUUGAUGGAAGACUAAAUGGAAUAGAUGCAGACAUCAAACGUUUUCACCAGGAUGCUGACAGAAGUGAUUCAAUGAAACCAGAGAAGCAGAUGUCGUCACAAGGAUAUGAGCUGCCUUACUUUGCUCCUAAGCUGGACCUAAACACGGAUGACCAAACUGAUGCUGCUUCUAGUUGCAAGCAACUUGACUUAAAUGGUUUCAGUUGGAGCUAACAGAUCACAUCUCCACAAAGAAGAUGAGAUGCCUGCAUGGGGAAACUAAGCCUGAUGCUCCUUUUAGAAGGAUGAAAAUAACGUGUAACAAUUAGAAUUUCAGAUUAUAUAUGAUAUUAUAACAAUAUUGGAUCUGCUAGGAUCACAUUUUCUGAUCUAAUAUCUAAACUUCCGGGUUGCAUAGUUUAUAGCAUUACAGGAUAUUCGUAACCUUUAGCAGUUGAGUGUUCCAUGUACAUAUAAUUAUUGCAGUAAAAAGCCUUUGCAAUGUCAUAUACAGAAACCAAUUCUAAUCAAACAAA